AUGCAGUUCAAGACUCUCUCCAUCCUCACCGCUGCCACCGCCGCUCUUUCCGCUCCCAUUGAGGCCCGAGACGCCCAGCAGUACUCUCUUCAGGCCUCCAUUGGCCCCGGUGCUACUGGCCUCAAGCCUCUCCAGCUCCACGGCAACAACAUUGUCUACGGUCUGACCCAGGGCUACUCCGACUUCCGAGCCGAGGACGAUGGCGAUAUCAUCAAGCUGUUUGCCGCGGGCUACCCCGGACUCUCUCUCGACGUUGCCCAGGACGGUGAGCUCACCUUCAAGUCCCCCCCCGAGCCCAAGGAAGGCUUCACCUUCAAGGGUGACGGCAACGUCCAGGACCUUGAGUUCAACGGCUCCCAGGAGUUUUACUCUUGUGCCGACAAGAUCCUCGGUCCUCUCCAUCCCCAGGUUGUCUAUGUCAAGACUGGCGACAAGUACGAGUGCGAGAACCCCGUCAAGUUCACCAUUGCUGCCACCAAGCAGUAG